UCACCUAACAAAAAUGGAUAUAAUAGCGAUAAUGCAAAAUGGAUAUUAUAUCCAUAUGUACGGAGAUAUUAGAAUGGAUAUAAUAUCCAUUUCUAGAGAAAAUGGAUAUAAUAUUGAAUUUGAAACGACGAGAACUGGCAGCGUCCCAAUAAUAGCACAUUGAGGUUUUAGUUAUGGAUACGAGGCUGUUUGAAGAGAGUUUCGGAACUGCGAAACAAACCUGGCCAACGAAGACGGUUCUCUUUUUUGCGUUUGCUUCUAGAUUAGAAUAAGUUCAAUUCAAGUGUGUUUUGUGAUAAUGUAGUGUUGAUUUAUGUAUUUUUUGUUGGUUAGAAGUUUCUGCAUAAGAAGCAACUAGAUGUCCUGACUCUUAGUAGGUGUUGGUGUGGCAAUUAUUGUAAAGACAACUCCAUCCCAUAUCUGCCCAUUUUUUUUCUUUUGUACUUUUUUUAAACAGCAAUAUUAGCUACCUAUAGCUAACUAGCUAUGGGAUACAUUUACGGUGACUUCAUUGGAUAACAAGGCAGGAACAUAGCUAGUAAGGGUCUAAAAAUAAUAUAAAUAAGCCCUCUUCUUCUUGGCUUAGCUAGCUAGCUAAAAAAUAUCACAGUCGGUGAUAUUCAGGGCUGAUACAGGGAGUACUCAAUUUUCCUUGUGUUCUUUCUUGUUCUUCUAUUGCCUGUGAGGAUGCACGCACAUAAACACUCACAACUCAUCUAUCGAUGCAGGAUAGCUAAUUAUAUGGCAUGUAAAAACUAGCACCACACCACUUCACUAAUUACACUGAAAAUAUUUUUUAAAUUGUUGUCUUUUGUCAGAUCACGAAAUUAUAAGCAACCUUCUUUAAACCCAACAAGAAGUAAAAACUAUCAGAGGUUUAUCUGUUAUUAUGUUAUUAAUGUUAUUAUGUUAUUAAAUCUUAUAGACUGCCUCAGCUUAAUCACAUAAUUUUGCUAGUAGCCUAGUACAGUUAAAAAAUGUAUUUUGUGAUAGUCCCUUGCUUUUCUUUCUUGCAGGGCUUUUGCGUCUUGAUCCGUAUUAGAAAAGCGUGGUAAAUUAUCUUUCUGACUAAACUUUCUUUAUAGUAGGUAAAAACUAAAAUCGAGAUGGGACCAAAGAAAAAAGCUGGUGGUCAGAAGCUGAGUGACUAUUUGUCUGUACCUAGUCGUCACUUAUUGUUAAAAAUGCAAGAAGAGGAAGGCAGGGUUUUUAAAGAUCCCAAUAUUCUCAAAGCAAUCUACCAAGCAAAAUUAGAAAGAUCAAUGGAUAGCGGCACGUCUUCAACGUCUAAUUCUGCCAGUUCUGAUUCUUUUAUUAGUAGUAAUAGUACACCAUGCUUUGCAAGUUCAAAAUUAGGUAAACAAUCCUUAUUAACAUCAAGUAUGGUCGCACUUCUAAAUGAAAAGAAGAAGAAAAGUGUGUCAUUAAAGAAAAAGAUAGUUCCCUUUGUGAUGUCAAGGAGUGGAACUUACAAAUCUAAGAGACCAGUGAAGUUAGUAAAUGAAAGGGAUAAAAAAAUUGAAUUGACUGCUCCACAAUUACAAAUGGAUGUCUGCGAAACACCCAGUAUGCCUGAAUAUGUUAUGGAAAACAGCGAAGAAGCUUUAAACAGACAACUGCAAUUAUCAGAGAAAUUUUUGGGCGAAAUUUCAACUAACCAGAAAGCUCCUAUAACCUGGGCUGAAAGAGCAAGUAGAUUUCAAACAUCUUUCAUAGCAGAACGUGAGCAGUUGCACAAAGCAUUUAUGCUAUCACAAAAUCCAGGGCAUAGUUCAUGCACUAACUGUCAUGAAGCUGAGUGUUCUGUGAUCUGUAUGGAUUGUAAGCAGUACAAACACCUUUGUAUUGUCUGUGAUGAGAUGCUACAUUCACAUCAACCAUUUCAUGAUCGCAUUGGUUAUGUUAAUGGAGAAAUGGUUGAGUUAAAACCAAUACAGUCAAUUGAUUUCAAUGGAAAUUUAAUCGAAUUUGAAAAGCAUGUACCACUGGCAGUAAAGAGUUGUCCACAGUGUGGUUUUUCUAUUUUCCAUAAAAGAACUGACAACAGUCGUAUUAUAUCUGUUAUUUCAUUUAAAGGUAACAAUUGUUUUCUGAUAUUUUGUUAACAUUGCAUUUAUUUGAUAAACACAUUUUUUUGCAGAAACAAUGUUAAAGU